UACAUAUUUUAAAAGUGCCAUCAUUAAUUAUACUUUUCUUAAUAUUUUAUAUGAUAAUAUAAAUCGAUAUUAAAUUGACGAAUGUACAUCCCUAUUAACACAUAAUAAAUAAACAGUUCAAUAAUUUAAUUUACACAAGAAGUAAAUUUGAGAAAAUCCACAGCAUUUAAAAAUGGUCUAUAGAAUACUAGAACUAUAUAGUGGUAUCGGCGGAAUGCACUGUGGAUGGAAUGAAUCUGGAUUGGCAGGAGAAAUAUCUGCUGCUGUGGAUAUCAAUACAGUUGCUAAUGAAGUUUACAAACACAAUUUUCCUACAACAAAUUUACUAAAUAAAAACAUACAGUCCUUAACAAAAGAUUCUAUUAAAAAUCUUAAAAUAAACACUAUUUUGAUGUCUCCACCAUGUCAGCCUUUCACAAGAAAUGGCAAGUGUUUAGAUGAUAAUGACCCACGGACCAACUCAUUUAUACAUUUAAUUGAAAUUCUAGACCAAUUAGACAAUAUUGAAUAUAUGUUGAUGGAAAAUGUAAAAGGUUUUGAGUGUUCUAGUGUCAGAAAUUUAUUUAUUGACAAGCUUAAACAACUGGAAUUUGAUUAUCAAGAAUUUCUUUUGUCGCCAUGUAUAGUUGGUGUUCCUAAUUCUAGACUCAGAUAUUAUUGUAUAGCUAGGAGAAAUGGAUCACCUUGGUAUUUUAAGUUAGAUAGUAUUAUAACAACAUUUCCAAAAUUAUAUGAGGAACCUUAUGCAUUACAAGAUAUCAUUGAGUCUGAUGUCUCAGAUAAGUACAUAAUUAAAGAUAAAUUAUUGAAACGGGCAAAUAUAUUUGAUAUUUGUUACAAAUAUUCAAAACGAUCAUGCUGCUUCACAAAAGCAUACUCCCACUAUGUAGAGGGUACAGGCUCUGUGUUCACUGAUGCAGAUCAAGAAACAGUCAUUGAAUGUUUCAAAAGAGCAAAUACCUAUGAAGUGGGCAGUAAUGAGUUCAUUGACACAUUAAAAGAACUAAAACUUAGGUUUUUUACACCAAAAGAAGUUUUAUCAUUAAUGUCAUUCCCUAAAGAAUAUGAUUUUCCUAAAGAUAUAUCUACAAAACAAUGUUACAGAUUACUGGGAAAUAGUGUUAAUGUUAAAGUUAUAUCUGAAUUAUUAAAAUUACUUUUUGAUAAAUAAAAUAUUUAAUUAUUAAUUCAAUAUUGUUAUAUAUAAAGAAAAAGAAAACAUUCCAUUAAUAAA